AUGGAGAAGGGAGCCAUAGUUCAUGAUCAUGUUUUCAAAAUGAUCGGCCUAAUUCAAUGUAUGGAGAAACUGGGGCACCCAUAUAAUGAUGAUUUGGCAACAUACAUCAUUCUCCAUUCACUACCAGAAUGUUUCAACCAGUUUAUCAUGAAUUUUAACAUGACUGCUACUGCUAAGACUAUGAAUCAAUUGCAUGCAAUGCUGGUUAGUGAUGAGAAACAAAUCCCUAAGGAACCUAAGAAGGAAGUUCUUAUGAUUCAAAAGGGAAAGGGGUUCAAGAAGAAGGGGCAAAAGGCUAGUGCUAAGAGCAAGGGCAAGCAAGUUUCCAAGGCUCCUGAGAAGCCUAAGACGUCUCCGAAGCCCAAGGCUGCAAGUGAAAGUGAAUGCUUUUACUGCAAGAAGAAAGGGCAUUGGAAGCGAAAUUACCAGAAAUACCACGAAUUCCUCAAGAAGAAUGGAGCAUCAACCUCAGCUGCAAAGACUAUGAAUCAAUUGCAUGCAAUGCUGGUUAGUGCUGAGAAACAAAUCCCUAAGGAACCUAAGAAGGAAGUUCUUAUGAUUCAAAAGGGAAAGGGGUUCAAGAAGAAGGGUCAAAAGGCUAGUGCUAAGAGAAAGGGCAAGCAAGUUGCCAAGGCUGCUGAAAAGCCUAAGAUGACUCCAAAGCCCAAGGAUGCAAGUGAAAGUGAAUGCUUUUACUGCAAGAAGAACGGGCAUUGGAAGAGAAAUUUCAAGAAAUACCACAACUUCCUCAAGAAGAAUGGAGCAUCAAACUCAGGUAUUAUGUUAUAA